ACUAUUCUCAUGGUGAGUCAAGCAUUUUAUCCUCUAAUCGUACUGUAUAUAUGUGUUUAAAUGCCGGUAUGCUUCACACAAAUUUUGUGGAAUGUUUUGCGGCUUCAUUUCACCAAGUCUGCAUUCUGAGCAGAACAGCAUACAGCACCGUAAUUAUGUGGAAGCAUCUACAAUGCAAUUUUUAAAGACAUAGAAAGGAGCACGUGAACAAGCAAGAAUGACACCGUUCGAUGAUUUUAUGUACCUGAUCAACUCUGUACUAUUGGGAGAAGAACCGACCGUGGAGGACUUCAUCCUUCUGGUAGGGACGUUCGUCGCAUUCGUGGCGUUCAUCCUGUGGUGCUGCUUCCCGGUGGUGCCGAAGGAGGGCAAUGGAGGAGGGAGCUCCGGAGCGGACGGCGGUGGCAGCAAGCCGCCGCGGCAGUACGACCCGCGGGCGGGCAUCCACGUGCACGGUCACGGGCACGGCGGCUGGUGGGGAGGGCGGCGCGGGCGCAGUGCCGGCGGGCACGCCCUCUCCCCGGUGUUCCGGCGCUACGAGCCGCUGCCACUGUCGUAAUGGGCACUCCCGCCUGACGGGACCUUUUGAGGCGAGUGUCAUAUUACUUGCGACCGAGUUGUGACUAGGUCGAGCCGUUUGUAACUCGUUGCAAAAUCGUACACUGGAAAUGAUGUCCAGUGUCUUGGAGCGGCUCAGUUUACCGUGUCGGGUGCGAUUUGGCACUGGACACCUGAUGAAGUGACUUCCCCCCAUUACUGGCACCAGCGGUUUUUGUGAAGUGAGCACUAGUGCUACUGUUAUUGGGGAGAACAAGAUAGUAUAUAUUGUCUGUAUUAUGCUGCAUUUAUUAGCGUUUACCGAUUUCGCAGUACUUGAUGUUUUGUCCUCGGGCACAUGUUGCAAAAGUUGAUAUAGUAUGCACUAGCAAAAUAUAUUAUUGUUUAAUAGUCGCUUGUUAUAGCGUUUGCCUCCAAAUUAACUGCUGCCACCAGCUUACGUGCAUUUUCCGGAGAUCCUUCUGUUUUGUACUGUACUUACGAGGAAUACUUUCGGUAGCACGGCCAGGACAACUGUUCUGUUUUCACGUCCAGUAGCUGGAAGAAAACCGUAUUUGCUUCUUCCAGGAGCUGCAGGCGACAGGUCAAAAUGUGUCAGUGAUGCAGGCUAGGCACACUUUUCUGCUUAGCCAGACACUGGAAAGUAUGCCUUUUAUCAAUAUUAUGUGGGUAACACCUUUGUCUAGUGCAAUUCAUGACUGUAACUUACCAAUUAGGAAUAUUUUUGUUAGCAAUACACCCUCUUAGGAUGCAGUAAAUUAUUAUUUAUUUUUAAAAUUUUUAUUUUAUUUCUUCUCGUGUUCUAGAGAUACAAUUUUAUUUUCUAGGAUUACAGAUAGAUCUUUUUUAAAUGUUAUAGCUGCUCAUUGUACUUGCCAAUAUUAUUGCAAAAAUGUAAGAAAUUGUAAUCUGCAGCUUUUUAUUGGUGUGUACCUUUUACAACUACUAUUGGUUCCCAAUAGUAUUAAGAUAUAACUAGUCACAUGUGACCCUGGUCACUUACAGAAGACUUGCAUCCUUUGUAGCAGACUGUUGAAGGAAUUGUCAAAAUAUUUAGCAUGCCUUCAGGGAUGUGAAAUGAUACCCUCUUUCUGUGUGAUAUUCUUUCUUUUCUUGUAUACAAGUUUGUUCUGUGUAGUACUAAGCUACACAUUGUCACCUGCGGGAGCAGGUUGUAGACUGAAGAUUUUUUGUAUGUGGUGCUCCGUGUCUGUGAUAUAUUCCUAGAAUUAGCAUAUUUACCCAACUGUAAGAUAACCCUUAGUAUAAGAUGACUCCCUCCUCCACCUUUCCUGAUUUUAAGAGGUCCCUUGAAAAAAUUUUUAUUUUUAAGAAAAUUCUGACUAAUCAAAAUUACAUAAUGUUUUAUUGAUAUAAAGUGUCUGCCUAAAAAGUUAAUAUUAUACCUAUUUGAAACUUACGCUAUAUAUUAAUGUGUAGAUUUUGAUAAUAU